AGCCUGGUAAUUGAGUAAAAUAUCAUGAAUUAAUUGAACACGACACAAAUCUCAUUAACCGCAAUUUUUCAAUCUCCAGUCACCAAUAAAUGCGGGAACAAGGUUUGGAGUGCCGCUGCGCUCCUAUUGGUCGAAGUAACGACCAAUGAGAGAGCGAGACCGAUUAGGAACGGAAGCGGGGUGUGUUGAAAGAUUGGGCCAUAUCAUGGGCAUUCAGUUCACUCAAUUGUGCUCGGCUGCUCACACGCCAUCAGCCAUCUUGCCAAAUAUUUAGCAAACUAAUUUGCAUUGGUCAGCUGUCUGCAAAAUUUUAAUUACGUGUCAGAAAAUAUCUGCAAGAACAACCGGAAAAAAAAUUGAAAAAUUGGUUUUAAAAUAGAAAUGAAAAGCCCGCAAGGAAACUAGACUUGUUUACUGUACACAAUGAUGAAGAUGCAAUCGCGGAUUUCCUUCAGCGUAGAUUCCUUGCUCGGCAGGAAGACGACAGAAACUGAUAUUAAACCUAGAAUCCUUCACUCAGUCUUCACGGAGCUAGAGGAUAAACAGGAGGACAGGAGGGCAGAGGAGGACAGGAGGAGAGAUGAGGAGGACAGACUAAGAGCUGAGGACGAGAUGAGAAGAAGAAUGGAGGACAAAGAUGAAUCCAAGGAUGAUAUAAAAGAAGAGACUGAAAGUGAGGAUGAUCUAUGCGUGGAUGAUGAGGAUGAGGAUGAGAAUCAAACAUCUUCUCCAUCCCCGCCAAUCCAUCCUCAUCCCAUCAUGCCCACACCCUUAUUAGGGCGUGGCAUGCCUGGGUUGGCCAACCUCCUGAGACCAGGCUGGCCUGGACAUCUUCCUUUCACAAACCAGUCAUUGUUUGAUAAAGAUAUGACUUUACGAGCUCCUACAGGACCUAUCCGUUGCACCUUGAGAAAACAUAAACCGAACCGUAAACCCCGGACCCCCUUCACCACCCAGCAGUUGAACGACUUGGAGAAGAAGUACAGAGAGAAACAGUAUCUAUCUAUCUCAGAACGAGCAGAGUUUUCAAAUGAGUUGAAAUUAACUGAAACCCAGGUAAAGAUCUGGUUCCAGAAUCGGCGAGCUAAGACUAAACGUCUCCAAGAAUCUGAGAUGGAACGGAUCAGAAUUUCUUCAAUGCCCAUGAUGCCCCGACCCUACGGUAUACCACACUCCUUACUCCAGGGUAUGCAGAACCCUGCCUCAUCCAUAGCAGCUUCCUUUCUACCACAUUUCUUGAAUCAUAACAAACCUUGACAGCUAACAGCUGACAGGGAAUAUUAACAACAGCAACUGUCACAUGAAGCUCCGCUGUUAAUAUCUGUCAUGAAGUUACCAUGCUGACUAAUCUGAUACCCAAAGCCUUGCCUAAAACUUAAAAGUCUCUAUAAUUCCUUACCUUUAAGUCUAUGUCCCCAUCCCCCUCCGCCUUAAAAAAGUAAAAAAAAAAAACGUCGCUAAAAGUCCGUUUAAGUCUCAAUCCCAGAGCUUGCGCGUAAAGACUCCGAAGCUAGCUCAAAGUCUCAAAACUUUGGAUAAAAGUCCUUAGUACAAUUACAGGGUGUCCCACUAAAACAUGAAAGUUCAGAGACAACUUAACGGUCAUAUUUGAUCUUUGAUAGCUAUUCUUAACUUGAAAAAGAUUGUUGAACAACCUUUUGUGACACUUUGUCAUAAGAUACGACUCUGAAUUGUGAUAUUUAACAGGACACCCUGUAGUUGAUAUAAUUAUAAAGUCUCCUGGACAAAACGGAGCAUAAAUGACCGGCUGUGAAAUCUGUGUAAAUUUAAAAAAAUGAAAAUGUGAAUUUAAAAAUAAGCUUUACUGUGCCCCUAACUAGUUAGAAAAUAUAUAGUUCUUUA